UGUGACCCAGGCCUUACUGCCUUUGAGCCUGAGGCAUUGGGUAACUUGGUGGAGGGAAUGGACUUUUCACCGGUGUUCUACUUUGAAAUGGUACAAUUGCCCCAAUCCUCUUUGUCCAAAAGCAAUAAGCCCAUCCACACGAUCAUCCUGAACCCUCACGUCCACCUGGUAGGGGACGAUGCUGCCUGCAUAGCGUACAUUAGGCUCACACAGUACAUGGAUGGCAGUGGAAUGCCAAAGACAAUGCAGUCGGAAGAGACCCGUGUGUGGCACCGCCGGGAUGGAAAGUGGCAGAACGUUCAUUUUCAUCGCUCGGGGUCACCAACAGUACCCAUCAAGUAA